CUUUCUUAUUCAACAAUGAGAUUAACAAAUCUUUGGAAACCGGUCCUUCUCCUUGCGUCCUUAGUUGGUCUUACUUACGCUGCUGUCCCUGCCUCUGAGGUCAAGCUUGAGAGUUAUACCUACUCUAACAACGUUCUUUCUGGAAAGAUUUAUGUUAAAAACAUUGCCUAUGCCAAGACUGUAACUGUUAUCUACUCGGACAAUUCUGACAGCUGGUCAUACAGCACCGAGGCCGCUUACACUGAACCAAUCUCUGGAACAAACUAUGAAUACUGGCAAUUCAGCACCACUGUUGGCUCUUCUGGAAUCCACCAAUUCUACAUCAAGUAUGUUGUAAAUGGCGUCUCUUACUACGACAACAAUGGUGGACAAGGCAAAAACUACGUCGUCGCAACCUCUACUUCUUCUCCCUCAAGCACCUCCACUGGCCCCGAUCCUACUACUCCUACCGGCCCUGUUAUUGUUCCCACUGGCACUGUUGCUGUUCCUGGAGGAAACUCCACCAUCUCCACCUGGGCCAAGACCCAAAAGGCUACCAGCUUCAAGAUGGUUCUCUCCAACAUCAACCCUGCCGGAACUGUUAAGGGUUUCAUUGCUGCUUCCCUGUCUACCUCUGGCCCUGAUUACUUCUACUCCUGGACUCGUGACUCUGCUUUGGUUGCCAACAUGGUGUCCUUUAUGUACAGCACCGAAUACGCCGGAGACGCCACCGUCCUUGGUCUUCUUAAGGACUACGUCACUUUCCAGGUCAACGAACAAUCUGCCAGCACUGUCUGCAACUGCUUGGGUGAGCCCAAGUUUAACAAGGAUGGCUCAAGCUACACUGGUUCCUGGGGUCGUCCCCAGAAUGAUGGUCCUGCUGAGCGUGCCUCGACAUUGAUUGCCUUUGCCAAGACCUAUGCUGCCCAGACCAGCGACUCUACCUACGUCUCAGGUACUCUCAAGACUGCCAUCUUCAAGGAUUUAGAUUACAUUGUCACUGUCUGGAGCAACAACUGCUAUGAUCUCUGGGAAGAAGUUAACGGUCUUCACUUCUACACCUUGAUGGUUAUGCGCCACGGUCUCGUCAAGGGUGCUGAAUUCGCUACUGCCAAUGGUGACUCUACUCGUGCCACCACCUACACCAACACCGCAAACACCAUCAGAGCCAAGAUUGAUACUUUCUGGUCCUCAAGCAAGAACUACGUUAGUGUCACCCAGAACCAGUCCGGAGGUGCUAACAAGCCCUCUGGCUUGGAUGUCUCUGUCCUCAUUGCUGCCAACGCUGCCGGUCUUGGUGAUGGAUUCUACACUUCCGGAUCUGACAAGAUUCUCGCCAGUGCUGUAGCCAUCGAGAACUCAUUUGCCAGCAUUUACUCUGUCAACAGCAACCUUCCUUCAUGGCUCGGAAAUGCCAUUGGUCGUUACCCCGAAGACACCUACAACGGAAACGGAAACUCCCAGGGCAACCCUUGGUUCAUUGGUAUUGCCACCUAUGCUGAGCUGUACUACCGCGCUAUUAUUGAGUGGACCAUUGGAAGCGGUAUCAGUGUCAACUCUGUUAACUUGCCUUUCUUCCAGAAGUUUGACUCCAGCAUCACAAGCGGUACCACCUAUGCUCCAGGAAGUGCCGGCUUCACCACCUUGACCUCCAAGAUCGCCCUUGCUGCCGAUGCUUACUUGUCUACUGUUAAGUACCACGGAAGCACCAACGGUUCCUUCUCUGAGCAGUUUGACCGUACUUCCGGAACGAUGACUGGUGCCCGCGACCUUACCUGGUCUCAUGCCGCUGUCAUUACUGCCAUUGAGGCCAAGUCUGGUCUUUUGGUCUAAUGUGUUAAUCAUUAUUGAUUUGAUGUGAACUUUUAGUUACUUUCUACCCUCCUUUACCCAACCUUUCUAUUUAUUUACUAAUUUAUUUAUUUAUUUAAGUAUUUAUUUUUAUUUUACGAGAUAUUUUUUAACUUUUGUAAAAUAUUUUCUUAUUUUUUUUUGAAAUAUUUUUUUUUAUUUUCGUAAAAUAUUAAUAAAUACGAUAUCAAUCAUAACAAG